CGGCGCCCCCUGGUGGCCCUUCGCUCUCCCUACAGCUUCCAAAAGGAGACGUGUCCCAUCUCAGAUUAGCUUGAACGGGCUCGCCGAUACACUGUAACGGACCUGGAGAAAACGGACGCGGAGAUGACAGAGAACCCGUUGGAGCCUUACAUCGAGUCCCUUCGGCAGCAGCUGGAGGAGCAGGACCCCGUGGUUCUGGUUGGAGUGAUCGUGGCUCUGGCGGUGGUUGUCAUCACCUGCGUCUUCUUGAAGUACUUUUUAACCAGUAAAACAGUCCGGAGCGCCGUGCUGCUGGUGGGACUGUGUGACUCUGGGAAAACCCUUCUGUUUAUCCGGCUGCUGUCAGGGAAGUUCAAGCGCACACAGACCUCCAUCACAGACAGCAGCGCUCCAUACAAAGCUAAAAACGACAGAAACUGCACCUGGACUCUGAUAGACCUGCCGGGACAUGACAGUCUGCGGUCUCAGUACCUGGAGAAGUUCAAGUCUGCAGCCAGAGCUAUCGUGUUUGUGGUGGACAGCGCCAUCUUCCAGAAGGAGGUAAGAGAUGUGGCCGAGUUCCUCUACAUGCUGUUGACGGACCCGGUGGUCUACAGAAUCGCUCCAACUCUGCUGGUGGUAUGCAACAAACAAGAUGUUGCGAUGGCAAAAUCUGCUAAACUGAUUCAGCAGCAGCUGGAGAAGGAACUGAACACGCUGAGAGUGACCCGCUCUGCAGCUCUGAGCGCCCAGGACGGCUCUGUAGGUGGCAGCGUGUAUCUGGGGAAAAAAGGCAAGGAUUUCGAGUUCAGCCAGCUGCCCAUGAAGGUGGAGUUCCUGGAGUGCAGCGCCCGCGGCAGCAAGGGCAAGGACGGGGACAGUGACAUCGAGAGCCUGGAGAAGAGCCUGGCUAAGCUGUAAACGCCGCAGCUCGACUCACCGGACGCACUUCUGCCUCAACAGGCACAAACCUCAGACAGGGAGCGUCUGCCGUCGUCCUCGAUAAUCAGAGGAGGGGAGACGAGACGCUUCCCUGGCUCUGUGCAACCUCAGCCUUUUAACUCCACUUAAACAUCCGUGCACCACAAAAAAGAUCUUUCAAACGUGGGAAAUCAUCCAGACUCACGAGUUUAACAGACAUUUGGGUAAUUGUGGACAUUAUGGUUCCUCUGAUCCGGCUUGUUCGGCGCAAAGUUUUGCUUCGCUUCUUUGUGAAAUCUGCAAGAGCAGACUUUGCUGUUGUGUGGCUGCCGUUAUUAAAGAGAAAAGCUGUAAACUGCCUUGUGAAAAAUAGACGGGUGUGCAUUGCGUUUCUUGUUUAACUCGGGCUGUUUGCCCUGUUCCUUUCCUCGUCGUCCUUAUUUUCAAUCUGUCGUUUUGCAGAAGAAAUUGCUCAGUUGUUUGAACGUUUAAAAUGAAUGUAUGCGUUUACUGUUGUCUUGCCUUAGUAAAAAAGAAACUUUUGUUUGAAUGAAACGUGUGA